UGAUGGCCAGGCUACUGCUAUUCCACAUCUGUUUGGGUUCCUCAUGAUUCUCGCUCCAAGCCAUGAUUUCUACAUUCUGACUCCUGGCUGAUCCGGUUCCUGCAGCUUUAUUUGUUUUUGGUCUUAGUGAGUGAGUGUCGGUGCUUGGCCAAUAAAUAAGCUAUAGUCCCUGACGCCUGGCUUCCUAUCGCUGGCUGGCUUCAUUCCUCUGCAUGUGGUAGGACAGCGGUUCUCCGGGAGUCAAGUCUGCUCUACCCUGUGCGUCUCUACAACUAAAGCAACUUUAUGAAGGAGAAGAAGGUGGUGGAAAGAAUAUACAUGUUUCCAUAGCUUUUAACUGCAAUCCACAGAGCCAUACAGAUUGUACAAAUCCAGACAUUAACUUCUGAGUGGAACAUUGAAGCAACUGAAACAUAUCCUCAGUCUCCACUUGACAAGGUCAUGGAAGAUCUAGAGGAAAGAUUAUUUGAAGAGUUCGAAAACUAUUCCUAUACUCUGGAAUAUUACUCCUCAGAGUCUGAUUUGGAGGAGAAAGGCCACGUGGGAGCAGUUCAUUGGGUCUCCCUGGUGUUAUACUGUUUAGCAUUUAUUCUGGGCAUUCCAGGAAAUGCCAUUGUCAUUUGGUUCACGGGGUUCAAGUGGAAGAAGACGGUCACCACUCUCUGGUUCCUCAAUCUGGCUGUUGCAGAUUUCAUUUUUCUUCUCUUCCUACCUCUAUACAUCUCCUAUGUGGCCAUGAAUUUCCACUGGCCCUUUGGCAUCUGGCUGUGCAAGGCGAAUUCCUUUAUUGCCCAGUUGAACAUGUUUGCUAGUGUGUUUUUCCUUACAGUGAUCAGCCUGGACCGCUAUAUCCACUUGAUCCAUCCUGUCGUAUCUCAUCGACACCGAACCCUGAAGAACUCCCUGAUUGUUAUUAUAUUCAUUUGGUUUUUGGCCUCUCUAAUGGGUGGUCCUGCUCUAUACUUCCGGGACACUCUGGAGUUCAAUAACCACACUCUUUGUUAUAACAAUUUCCAUGAGCAUGAUCCUGACCUUACCUUGAUGAGGCACCAUGUUCUGACCUGGGUGAAAUUUAUUGUUGGGUACCUCUUCCCCUUGCUAGCAAUGAGCAUUUGCUACUUGUGUCUCAUCUUCAAGGUGAGGAAGCGAAGCAUUCUCGUCUCCAGUAAGCAUUUCUGGACCAUCCUAGCUGUGGUCAUGGCCUUUUUGAUUUGCUGGACUCCUUAUCACCUGUUCAGCAUUUGGGAGCUCACAAUCCACCACAAUAGCCAUUUCCACCAGGUGCUUCAGGCCGGCAUCCCCCUCUCCACUGGCCUGGCAUUCCUCAAUAGUUGUUUGAACCCCAUCCUUUAUGUCCUAAUUAGUAAGAAGUUCCAAACUCGCUUCCGGGCCUCAGUUGCUGAAAUACUAAAGCACACACUGUGGGAGGUCAGCUGUUCUGGCACAGUGAGUGAACAGCUCAGGAACUCUGAGACCAAGAACCUGUGUCUCCUGGAAACAGCUCAGUGAAUUAUUAUUCUUCCACAAAUCAGUAUAAGGUUUUUGUGUGGGUUCCCUGACAAAUGCUUUCAGGUUAUUUGGUUCCAAGGGACAGUACCAACAAUCUCUGUUUGUUAAUCAGUUUAGUGACAUUACAUAUUUGUGUGGGUAUAGAACUUAGGAAAGAUCUUCAUUUGUUCGCCUGCAAAUUAUCUAUCACUCUUGCUAAUUAUACCAUUGUGGAUUAGUCACUACUGUUGACGCAAUAUCAGCUAUUAUUUUUUUAAUCUUAAUGACUUUGAAGUCCUAAAUCUUAAUGCUAAAUAUGAUUAAUUCAUUUCAAAAAUGUUAACAUACGUGCCAAAGCUCACUUUAAUUUUGCACUAGUAACCUAUUAGAUAUAUUUUUAAAAUGCAACAUGUACUUAAUUUCUUUAUUUCAUGAAAUCUAUGUAUAUACAUUUAUAAAUUAAAGUAAUAGUUGGUUAUGGUAGUUUAAAACAUUGUGAACUAUUAAUGAACUAUUAAUGCUUAAAGAAGUGUCCCAGAAUCUAGUUCCUUAGAAUGACAAUGCAUUAUUAUAAUAUUUCACAAUUCUGAGUCAGAAAUUCAAACAAGGCACAGAAGGGAGGUUCAUCUCUCUGCUUCAUAAGGUCUGAAGCAUCAGCUGGACAAACGGCUUGGGUUUUGAAACAGCUUGUCUCCUCUGCCUUACUAUCCCUUCUCUUUUUUUUCUUCACACAGCUCUUCCAGUAUGGCAGCUCAGGGUAGCCAGACUUCUUAUAUGGCAGUUUAAGUCUCUAGGAGACCAAAGUGGACAUUUUUAGUACUCUUAAGGCCUAUGCCUGCCCCUGACACAGUAUAACAUCCACUGUACUCUCUUGGUCAAAGCGGUCACAGGCCAGCUCAGGUUCAAGGGGAGGUGAUGUAGACCCCACCAAUGGAGCCAAUGGAGAUAUGCUCCUAUCUUUAAUCCUUCAUGAUAUCAUUAUAAAUACUGUUUUUGGAAAAUUCUGGGUACGUGCAAGUAUGUUUAAGAUUGCUGUAAACAUAAAACACUGACAUCUAGAUAGUAGAUAGGCCAGCCCAAUCUCAGAAUGAUUUCAGGAAAAGAAAGCAUGUAUGGCAUUGAUAUAUUUCUAUCUUCUAUUCCUGUAACUAUAUUGAUGUAGACACCAGUACAAGACCAAUAAAGUAUACUUUUAAGUCAGUAACCUCUUCAUAGUGCAAGUCUGUUGCAUUUUAGACUGUAAUGGUAUUUUGAUCUCUAUUCAUUUAUUCCUUUUUUUUUUUUAAGAUUUUAUUUAUUUAUUCAUGAGAGACACAGAGAGAGAGA